UAUUUCAACUUUAUAUUUAGAUUGUAUUAAUAUAUAUAUAUGCAACAUACAAUGGCAGGUCAAGAUGGAAUUGCCACUACUCAAAUAAAAACAGAGGGACUGCCAACAGCAGGUAGCACAACAAUGACAAGUAGUAAUGGUCAAACUCACCCACCUAAUCCAAGGGAUGUCAAGAAGCCUAACUACGUGAUAAAAUAUACACUAACAGGCCACACGAAAGCUAUAUCUUCUGUGAAGUUUAGUCCAAAUGGUGAAUGGCUAGCAACAGCUUCCGCUGACAAACUUAUAAAAAUAUGGGGUGCAUAUGAUGGAAAGUUUGAAAAAACUAUAGCAGGACACAAACUGGGUAUAUCAGAUUGUGCUUGGUCAUCCGAUACGAAACUUAUUGUGUCUGCAUCAGACGACAAGACGUUAAAGAUUUGGUCUCUUGUCACAGGUAAAUGCUUAAAGACGUUGAAAGGACACAGUAACUAUGUAUUUUGCUGUAAUUUUAAUCCAACAUCCAACUUAAUCGUUUCUGGUUCGUUCGAUGAAAGUGUUCGUAUAUGGGAUGUAAAAACUGGGAAGUGUUUAAAAACGUUACCAGCUCAUUCGGACCCAGUCUCUGCGGUUGAUUUUAAUCGAGACGGCGCACUAAUAGUUUCCAGUAGUUACGAUGGUUUGUGUCGAAUAUGGGAUACUGCGUCUGGCCAGUGCCUCAAAACACUUAUAGAUGACGAAAACCCACCUGUGUCGUUCGUUAGAUUUUCACCAAACGGAAAAUAUAUAUUAGCAGCAACAUUGGACAACACAUUAAAACUUUGGGAUUACAGUAAAGGAAAGUGUUUAAAGACGUAUACUGGUCAUAAAAAUGAUAAAUACUGCAUCUUCGCCAACUUCUCUGUCACUGGUGGAAAGUGGAUAAUUUCUGGUUCAGAAGACAACUUGGUGUAUAUAUGGAACUUACAAACCAAAGAAGUUGUUCAAACACUGGAAGGACAUAGCGAUGUCGUUCUUUGUUGCGCUUGUCAUCCAACUGAAAACAUAAUUGCAUCAGGUGCUUUAGAAAACGAUAAAACCGUCAAAAUAUGGAAGUCGGACAGUUAAAACAAAUCUCACUUACUUCAGAGUAUAAGAGAUAAUCAAGACAAUAUAACUUGCGUUUUCGUGGUGAUCAUGCGAUUCGAAUUUUACAAUCAACGAGACAAUUUUUUUCUUUGUUUACUCAUAAAAUCAUACCACCUUUGAGUUCGACUACUAAUUUCUGCAAUUUCUUGAAAUCAGCUUGUUUGACGUAUUUUUUUCUGAUUGCCUUAGUCUAUUUAUAUGUAGUUCUCAUUUUUUUCAGUAUUUUGUAUGUACAUACUGUAUAUCAUUUAGCCUUGUAAAACGAGUAAUAUUAAUAAGUAGAGGGGUCAGUAUUAGAAAUUACAUAACAUAAGCCUUCUGUCUUUUUUAUGCGGUUGUCCUUCCCAGAAAUCUUAAAAAAAAAUCUAACUGGACUGGCGGGAACAUUCACACGAAAACAUGAAUACAUUGUGAGGGAAAGUUUUUAUCUUGUCAGCUUUUACGUUAUGUCUUUCUUUAGCAAAUGCAACAUAUAUAUCGAUGCCAAGAUUAUUUGACCGCCUGUGUUUUUGUUAACGGAGUGAGACGAAUGAGAAUUGGUUUCUUAAAAUAGUCUUUUUUGAUUUUCCCGCCAUAUACUUGUUAUAAAGGCGGGUUUCCACUCAAACAAAUGUUGUCGAAUCGAUCGAAUUGAUCGAUGUCGAUCGAUUCGACCACAUUUGUUUGAGUCGAAACCCGCCUUACGGCCCGGUUUUUGUUCUGUAGCUCGUGCAUUAAAUUUAAUAAACAUUCGAUUGGUUUUCUUUUGUUGAGCUGUAAUGUUUUCCCCCGAGUCAGACAUGACGUUGGUUAAACAACUUUCUUAUAUUAUAUAUUUCGCGUUUAUAUAUUAAAAAGCAGUGAUGUAAUACACCUUUCCCGAGACUUAUUCUUUUGAUGUGCCGCAACUUUUUCUGUUGAGUUUUAUGAAAAACGGACAACAGAUUUGAAUUCCUUAUAAACAAUGUCAUAAACAAAGAAAAUUUCGAAACAAUGCAGCAAGUAAACAACUUGCUAUUCUAAUUUAAAGAUUUGUGACAUGUCCAACCUCUUUUUGAAAACGAGGCAUGGUAACUUGAGCAUUAAGAAGACUUUAACUGUGAUAUAUAUCUCCUCAAAAUAGCACUUUCUGUUGGCGUAUCAAGUUAAACUUUUACACAUGAAUUAAACAAACUAUGGUGAAUUCAAAUAUGGUAUUCAUAUUUUACGAGUUUAAAAAAAGUAUGACUCAUGGUCUCGGGAAAGGCGUAUUCGCAAAAUUCGUAGUGAAUAUGUCGGUACGCGUACUUGUACCGAAAUCAGUUGAUUGAAAAUCAGACUUUACAAGCAUAAUCUGUAUAUUGUUUUGCAGAGUUGUUUUCUGAAAUUAUCAGAUGGAGAGGCAGAUUAUCUCUUGAUUGACAAUUUUAUAUUUCCAGUGGAAUAAAAUAGAUGGAAAAAUGAGGAAAAUGAUAAAGGAGUUAAUAUUGCUCCUAAAUUAAGUCCGUUUAUCUGAAACGUUUAGGGGGUUAUGAAGGUUUAGAGAGAUUAAAAAACACAGAAUCUCGCGAAUAGCAAGUAUUGCAGUUAUUUAUACGGGAAAUAAUAUUUUGCGAAAUUCUCGAAAAUUAAUUUUGUUAAGGAACAGACAACCUGUAUAUAGCCUACUUUCCAAUAUCGCGGACAUCUUGUGGGAUCAGUCCUUAGAAAAAGUAUUUUUUAGACAAUGUUGUUGUUUUUUUUGUAUGAACUGUACGUUGAUUGAAAAUGAAGAAAAAUUUAUCACCAUUUUUAUGCCCCGCAAAUUUUAUACAACAGAAAUUAGUUUUUAUAAACAAAGUCUUGACGAUAUUGUUUUAAUGUUGUUUUUUAAAUUAUUACCUACGACACUAAACCUAAUUGUAAAAAUUAAAGUUUCGCAUUUUAAUUUCUAGGAUAAAUUUUGAAAUUUUUGCUAAAUUUGAUAAAUUAAGAAUUUUUUAUAUUUCGAAAAUUAGGAAUUAUGUCCUAAAAUUUUUUUCAUUAUUUAAACACACGCAGCUACGGGUUUCUCUUCUCUUAGUAAGAAACUGAUGGCUUCAAACAGAA